UCCAUUCCAAUAUUCCAAUAUGGCGACAGUUUUUGACAACGUGCUUCUGGCUUCAUUUUCAGAAAAAGAACAGUUUAAACUCCAUUCAGAAGUUCCACAUAAAUUGGAAAUAUUUCAAAAAGCAGAAAGUCUUGUUUUAAAGUUGUAUAAUGGAAAUGAGAAAGCUACUAGUAUUACAGUUAACAAUGAUACAGAAUACUCCCGACUGGGAAAGCAGUCUGUUGUGUUUACCAAUGGAGACAACUCGAUGCUACUCCAGUUCCCUUCUAUUCAUGCAAUGAAGAGUUUCCAGCACCAGCUGAAGGAGUUGAAGAAAAGCAGCCAAUCAGUGUUUUCGAGUCGCACUGACGAGGCAUCGGCUGUUCAGUAUUUUCAGUUCUAUGGAUAUUUAUCCCAGCAGCAAAACAUGAUGCAGGAUUAUAUACGGACAUCAACUUAUCAGCGGGCAGUGUUGGGCAAUAUUACAGACUUUCAUGAUAAGGUUGUUUUGGAUGUUGGCGCUGGUUCAGGGAUUCUGUCAUUCUUUGCCAUCCAGGCUGGUGCUAAAAAGGUUUACGCCAUUGAGGCCAGUAACAUGGCGGAACACUGUGAGAGGCUGGUACAGACUAACAACCUGAGUAGCCAUAUAGUGGUGAUCCCGGGGAAGGUGGAGGAGGUGAAUGUGCCGGAACUGGUCGACACGAUCAUCUCUGAACCCAUGGGAUACAUGCUGUUCAACGAGAGAAUGCUUGAGAGCUUCCUGCAUGCCAAAAAGUGGUUGAAACCAGGAGGGAAAAUGUUCCCCUCUCAAGGAGAUUUGCAUAUAGCUCCGUUCACUGAUGAAUCUUUAUACAUGGAACAAUAUUCAAAAGCUAAUUUCUGGUAUCAAGAGUCAUUCCACGGUGUCAACCUAACGAGCCUGCGCACAGCGGCUCUUGACGAAUACUUCAGACAGCCAGUCGUCGAUACGUUUGACAUCCGAAUCUGCCUUGCGAAGCCAAACAAGCAUGAGGUAAAUUUCCAGAAGGUUGUCGAGACGGACCUCCACGUGAUAGAGAUCCCCUUGUCCUUCACCAUCAUGACGUCCGGCAUGGUGCACGGGCUAGCCUUCUGGUUUGAUGUAGCGUUCUUCGGGUCAGAUGCCCAUGUGUGGUUGUCGACAUCUCCGACCGAGCCCCUGACUCACUGGUACCAGGUGAGGUGUCUCAUCCAGACUCCCAUCCUCGUCAAGCUCGGCCAGACACUCACGGGGAAAGUCACUCUCAGGUGUAACUGCAGACAGAGCUACGAUGUGGAUAUCGAGCUGAACAUACCAGGAAGCACCAACAAGUCUGUGAACACUCUUGAUCUCAAGAAUCCAUUCUUCAGGUACACCGGCCAGCCCCCACAAGCUCCCCCCGGGACUAGCAGUUCUUCGGCAACAUCAAUGUACUGGAACUCGGUUCAAGGCCAGACAUAUGUGAAUGAUCUGUUGAAUGGAAUGUCCGACCCCAACCAAGCAUUGAACCUGCAGGGUGUGGUACAGACCAACCUUAUAGCUGUGUCUAACGUGGCCCCUAUCAACCCGGGCAGUAUUCCUAGUGUAAGCAGCCAGGUAGCUAAUAGUUACGCUAACCGGACAUCUAUUGGUGGUGGAAUUAGUCCAGUCAACUUCUCGACAAACUCACAGAGCGUGUUGACUGGAACUUCAUCCAACUACCCUGUAUGCAACCAGUUCAUGAUCGGAGACUACGCGAUGCCGGGAAACCUCGUCCUGUCGUCGGGAUACCAGAAAUCGCAAGCCUACUAGUGCGAAUGUGCCAACACUGUGUAACAUAUAUCUCCAGCUAUUUAUAACAUUUCUCUCAGGUCGUCCUCAUCGUCUUUUGGAAGCUGCGCAGUGCAGGCGUGCUUGAACAGAGUUAACACUGCACAAAACAGUUACGUCGUGACAGACUUUUGUCAAGAGUGAACCAUGAUGACAAUGAUGGGGUUUCAAACAAAACGCCACGAAUAUUGGAAGAUGUUUUAUCUGGUUUUCGAAAAUGAUGGACACUUGUCGGGGUGGGUUGGGUUAAAAUUUAAUAGAGAUUAUCAUUGGAAUAUUGGCGGACAUCCUAUUGUGAAAAGAAUGGAUUGUUUUAGAGGGGAAGGGGAUGGUGUGAAAUCAGAACACCACUGAAAUAUUGGAAGGCAUUUUACCUAUAUCCAUGAGUACCAGUGGACAGUCACUGUUUGUUUAGGGGGUGGGGAUGAGCACAUGUGAACGAGAACUACUGAUGUUUAUUUGUGUGACUGACGAUGUGAGAACUCGAUGAAAUUUGGUGUUUGCAGAUUCUUGUGCCAUUAACUUACAACUUGCCGUGUUCAUCAUUAAUGGGGCUGCGGAAUGUUCUUAUCUUAGGGGUUUUGUGUUAUUAAUAUAUUUUAGACUGUUUGCUUGAAUCAGUCGGAUUCGUCAUGUUAAAUCAAGUAGUUUUGGCACAUUGACUUUAAAGUACAGAACAAAUUAUGAAAGCAAAAAUAUUUCAAGUCUUAAUCAUCUAGAAAGUGAACAAAUAUUCAUGUCCAUAAGCUAUUUCAGGGGACAAUAUUUCAAAGUCUUGAAUAAGUGGAAAGUCAGUUCACAUAAUUUUUAAUUUUUAUUUGCAUAACCUAUGGGUUACCUCAAACUGGCAUCCAACUUUUAUUUUAAAUCAUUAAAGAACAGUUGACUUUUGGCAGAUUGCAUGAAUUUAAAAUUGUGUAACUGACUCCCGAACAGAACUAUGAUCUGCAAAAUACAUUGUUCGUGGUAUUUUAUACAUGAACGUUGUUACUGUAUACUGUUUUUAAUUGUAAUGUAUCAGGAGUAUUGAACACGGUGAAUAAGCAGCCUUGUGAACACUGGUGCAAUAAAUUGGUAAUCUGUCACAAAGCAAAACCACAUGUUGGGGGAGACUACUCUUCUGUUAGAUGAAAUGGUGCUCACUGGUGGUCAGUAUGGAGUUGAUAGCCCUGGUCAGAGUACCUAUAUGAUGUAGGUAGGCUGGUAUAUUAGUUUUAAAAUUGAUAAUUGUUAAAAACAACACAACAUUCAUUUUUUAACACCAGUUUAUAAUAACGUCUAACUAGAGUUCAGCAGUUAUGAUAAGGAAUACUAAAUGUAGUAUUUUUAACAGUGAAUUCUCCCUGAAAUAUAUACCACAAAAAUGUUCAGAGGGAUGAGCGCUCAAACACUUUGACUGGUUUUCAUUCUAUCUUGUCCAGUCUUAUUUAACGUCAGUUGCAAAGAAAAUGGUUUUAUGAGCCUCGGCCUCCAAAUAUCGUUGUAUUCCAUGGAGGUGGCUGCAUGAGCAGGUUUAAACCAGUUUCUUAUACAUUUAAUAAUGACUGCAUUGUUGAGACUCAACUGCUGUAUGAUAUACAAACUGGUAAGAGACAUGGACUUCACAGUCGUAGGUCAGAAAUAUUUCUCUUGCCUUUUUGUAAUGUCAACAUUUGCUUUAAAUUGAAAUGACUGGAAUGUGAGUGUUGAGAAUUUGGUUCAAUACCUGUGUAAUAGAUAAUACAGUGCACCAUUGCCACAGUGAAGUAAAAGCCACAAAUUGAUUGUUGCGAUGUAUAUUAUACAUCAAUAUUACAGAACUGACAACUCCUGCCAUCUAUAUGUAUUGAGUGUUUUCGACAAGCAAAAAAAAUGUACUGUGUACAGUUUGAUUUUAGAUUUGUGUAACUUAGCAUUGUAUAUACUUGUCCAAAUGUUCAUAAUGUAUUUAAUAUGUGUAUCGGGGUAACAAGCUGCUACUCUACAACACUAUACAUAUUUCUUUCAGUGCGUGUACAAACUAGGCUCUCCUUUUUCUUUUUUAUUGUGCCGUUUGUGCUGCAGAUAUGAAAUUGACAAGUGGGGUGGAUUCAUUUAAAUGGGCAUUUUCUACAAUAAUGCAUCAAAUUUGGGUUUCAACCAGAGGUUUCAAGGGGUAAAAUUACAUAUAAGCUUUGAAAUUAAUGGAUUCCUUUUUAUAAUUUUUAGAUAGAUUACAGUAAAAGAACUGUUAUUUACAAUUUGUCAAAGCAAAUGAAAUGUGGUGUCCAAUUUGAAAAGAUUUCAAACCAUAAGCACUUCGUAGGGGCACUUAUGAUCCAUUUUGUUUUCAUUACGUACUCUUAUUUUCUUGCAGAAAGCCUGCAAAUAAUCAUCUUGAAAUAAAAUUCUAUCCGUGUAUAUUUUGUAAGGCAAUUUUCAGUUUACUCUAACAUUUUAUUGAAAUUUUUAAAAUGAAAGUUUACUUUUAAAUAAAUACAGAUAGACCGAUAACACUCACACACACACACGUACAUACAGAUAAUUAAAAUUGACAUGUUACUGUAAUCACUACAACUGUUUCCUUUUUAGACCUUAUUAAAAGUAGAUCCAUUGUUUUUAUAUCUUUUAAAUGGCACUCUAGUUCUAGACUGUAACAUAUAACUAGUUGAUUAUGACACUUGUAAUUUAGUCAUCUUUGCAUUUUGGCAAAGUAUUAAAUGUCUGCUUUAUUUACUGUUUUGGAUUGAUCUAUCAUUUAUGAAGUAAAGUGGAAACCAAAAUAAAUGUUGACUACAUGCAUCAGUAGUGUGGUUUUCAUAUAAAUUC